CUAGGAAACGUCCCGCCCUGUCGGCCUGGCCUGUCUGUACGAGGCAGCCACUGAGUCCGGAAAGUUCCGGCGAAGUCUCUGUGGGCGGGCAGACACUCGCUUUUGAAUGGGCCUAGUUGUCUUUCUGCUUUAAUGUCAUUGAUAUUAUGUCAGAGUCCCAAGGUGUAUCUGACACUGAUUGACUCCUUUUUUUUUUUUUUUCUUUCUUUCUUCUUAGCCUGAAGUAAAGCUGCCAUUCAGGAGACUCAGCCAUGGAAAGCAAACCCUUAGUGACAUCGAAACAGAAAACUGAAGUGGUGUGUGGGGUCCCCACCCAGGUGGUCUGCACAGCCUUCAGCAGUCACAUUCUGGUGGUGGUGACCCAGUUCGGGAAGAUGGGUACCUUGGUCUCCCUGGAGCCCAGCAACGUGGCCAGCGACAUCAGCAAACCUGUGCUCACCACCAAAGUCCUUCUGGGGCAGGAUGAGCCUCUCAUCCACGUUAUUGCAAAGAACCUGGUAGCAUUUGUGUCUCAAGAAGCCGGAAACAGAGCAGUCCUCCUAGCCAUGGCAGUGAAAGACAGAAGCAUGGAGGGGGUGAAGGCCUUGAAGGAGGUGAUCCGGGUGUGCCAGGUGUGGUGAUCUGAAGUUGACUGCCACAUGCUGUUUAUAGAACCAAGUGGAAAUCCAGACAGCCUCUCAGGGACUCGAAGACCCUUCUUUCCAUCACAGUCAGAAGGAGGAACUUUCUCUGACUUUUUAGCCCUCGAACCCAGAAAAAAAUAUUCAUGUCUCAGGCAGACUGUUACUCUGGUUACUGAUACCAUCCAUGGGUAGAGGGAAAAAGUGGACUGUGUCUUGGAGGAGUCGUGAGUGGUUCUCACUGGGGUCGAGAGUUGCAUAUAUUUGAGAAUUGAAAGAAUGAGCCAGCAGGCAUAAUUCAUGGCCCUUCAUAUACGGUAUCAAUUGUAGGAGGAAAUUUUUUUUAUUAAAAAUAAAUGUGUAUCUCAAAAUA